AUGGGAGUUUCAUAUUGGAGACGUAGUCAGUAUGAACUCGUGUGUGCAGUUCUAACAGAAAGAUCUGCAAUGGCACAUCACAUUUUUGUAGUUUGCUGCAGCAAACAUUCUGUUUUUGCUGGUAGACCUACAAAAGAUUUUGUGUUAAAUCGACAAUUAAUAAGUUUACAAAUAUGUGCUUUUAAUAUUGAAAAUUCUAAUUCAUAUGCAUUAAAUGAAACCUUAAAUGGAGGAUUAUUUGGUAUCACAUUAUUUGAUAAAUUAGCUGUAUUAGAACUCAAUCAAACUGGAAUUAAAAGAUCAGAACCAAAAAUAAUUGGUGGCGAAAUAGCAAAACUUAGAGGCAAUGAACAUAUGGUAUCAAUUAGAUAUAAACCUAAUGAACUAAUAAAAUUUGGUAGUGGACAUUUUUGUGGCGGUGCUUUAAUUACACCAAAAGCAGUUUUAACUGCUUCACAUUGUUUACUAGUACCAAAAUCAACUGUGGAAUGGAGACCUAGCGAUUUAAUAACUGUUAUGGGUAUUUUGGAUCGUUCUUCCAGAGGAGAUCAUCAGGCUCGUGAUGUAAGCAAAGUAAUUGUCCAUCCUAAUUUCAGUAUGCAAAACUUUAGGCAUGAUGUAGGAAUAUUACUUUUGACAGCACCAUUCCAACUUACUGCAAACGUUAAAACUAUAAACUUUACCAGAACUGGAAAUGAUUUGACCACUGGACGACCUCUUACUAUAUCUGGAUGGGGUGCAACAGAAAUGGAAUCAGCAGGCAGUCAGUAUUUAUUAACAGCCACCGUUAAUUUGGUAGAUCAUCAAGAAUGUAGGGAUGCCUACAAAUUAAUUAAUGAAAUAACGGAUGGUAUGUUUUGUGCAGCUAAUGGAGUCAAAGAUUCUUGUCAAGGUGAUUCUGGGGGCCCAGUUAUUUUCGAUGGUGUUAUCAAUGGAAUUGUUUCGUGGGGUAAAGGUUGUGGAAUAAUAGGCUACCCUGGAGUUUAUACUAAUGUUGCAGUUUAUAAAGAUUGGAUUGAAAAAAAUUCAGCUGGAAUGUUAGGUUUCAGUCGAAUUUCAUUGUUUAUUUUUAUUUGUUUUUCUUUGUUAUUAAAUGUAAAUUUUUAGAAGCAUAAGUAACUAAAAAAUAAAUAGAAAAUAUUAAGAUUGUUAAAUACUUUUGUAAUUAAUAACAAAAUCUCAAUUUGAAAAUUCUAAAAUAAAAUUUAUUUAAAAAGAUAAUAUUGAGUAAAACCAAAAGAAAAGAAAAAAUUGCAAUCGAUUGUUAAAUUUCAAAUUA